CCGCCCCGCCCCGCCCCGCGGACCGCCAUGGCCCUGGGGCGCGCGCUGGGCUGCGCGGCCAGGCGCUUCUCCGCGGCGCCCGGCAAGGAGUGGCUGACGGAGGACUUCCUCAGUUCCCUGAGAGCGGUUGUAGGGAGCCCCAAUGUGUCCACAGCCACCAUUGUCUGUGAGCAACAUGGGCGGGAUGAGUCCAUGCACAGGAGCUGCCCCCCAGAUGCUGUGGUCUGGCCCCAGAGCGUGGAGCAGGUCAGCUUGCUGGCAGCGAUGUGCUACAGCCGAGGGGUGCCCGUCAUCCCCUUCGGGACGGGCACGGGGCUGGAAGGAGGGGUCACUGCGGUGCAGGGUGGUGUGUGCGUCAACCUGACCAAAAUGGACCAAAUUUCUGAGCUUCACCCUGAAGAUUUCACCGUUGCUGUAGAGCCAGGAGUGACCCGCAAGGCUCUGAACAGAUUCUUGCGAGGGAGUGGGCUCUGGUUCCCUGUUGACCCUGGGGCCGACGCCUCACUCUGUGGCAUGGUGGCCACUGCAGCCUCUGGGACGAACGCGGUGCGCUAUGGCACCAUGCGCCAGAAUGUCCUCAACCUACAGGUGGUCCUGCCUGAUGGGAGAGUCCUGCACACAGCUGGUCAGAACCGGUGGCCCAGGAAGAGUGCUGCUGGAUACCACCUAACGGGGCUGUUUGUGGGCUCGGAGGGGACCCUGGGGUUCAUCACCCAGGCCACGCUGAGACUGCACGGCAUUCCUGAGGCCACCGUGGCGGCUGUCUGUGCCUUCCCCAGCGUGCAAGCGGCCGUGGACAGCACUGUGCAGGUCCUCCAAGCCGGGCUGCCCGUUGCCCGCAUUGAGUUCCUGGAUGAGGUUAUGAUGGGUGCCUGUAACCGCUACAGUGGCCUGAGCUAUGCCGAAUUGCCCACCCUCUUCCUGGAGUUUCACGGCACUCAGCAGAGUGUGGAGGAGCAGGUACGAGCCACAGGGGAGAUUGUGCAAUUGAAUGGGGGCUCGGACUUUGUGUGGGCCCGGGAACCGGAGGCCCGUGGACAGCUGUGGACAGCUCGGCACAAUGCUUGGUAUGCAGCUUUGGCUCUUCGCCCUGGCAAAAAGGGCUACUCCACGGAUGUGUGUGUGCCUCUCUCACGCCUCCCCGGGGUCCUGCUAGAAACUAAGGAAGAUCUGCUGGACUCCAAGCUCACAGGUCCUCUCGUUGGCCACGUUGGGGACGGCAACUUUCACUGCCUGCUGAUUCAUGAUCCUGAAGAUGUUGAAGAAAAGAAGAGAGUGGCCGAGUUUGCCAAACGUCUGGCCAGGCGAGCCUUGGCAGUGGGUGGCACCUGCACGGGGGAGCACGGCAUCGGCCUGGGCAAACGUCAGCUUUUGCGCGAGGAAGUCGGGGAAGUGGCACUUUCCACCAUGCGGCAGAUCAAGUUGGCCCUGGAUCCCAAAAACCUCAUGAACCCUGGAAAGGUGUUAUAGUCUCAGGAAGGUCUGGCUGGGAGGAGCACCCACAUUUGCUCUCCAAGAGGGCUUGAACAAGGUGCCUUCUCCUUUAGCUCGCCUCUCCAGCAGCAUCGGAAAUGCAGCUGUUAGCAAAAGUCAGGCGUUGCGCUGGUUCUCCAGAGAUGCCAUGCCUGGAGCAAAGAACCCUUUGUCUCAUCUGCUGCCUUGGUUCUGUAUCAUACUAAACUAUGGUUUAACUCUAGCCUGCUGAAUAAACCACAGUUGGCUGGGUUCACAAGACAUGCUAACUCAAAGCCAAGUAAACAACACAACGGCUUAGCAAAAUCUGAAAACUCUGUAAACCUCUUUCCCAACCUCAUCAACUUUAAGAUGUGUGGACUUCAACUCCCAGAAUUCUCCAGCCAGCUUGCUUUAAGAUGUGUGGACAUGCAGACUGGGGAAUUCUGGGAGUUGAAGUCCACACAUCUUAAAGUUCACGAGGUUAGGAGACACUGCUGAAAACACUACGCCCGCUUGCCAGCUUCCUUUGGAUCUCUACCACACUUGAAAAGGGUAGCCUAGCAUUGACGGUCAUGCUCCUGAUGAGAAGAGUAAGCAUACAGGACUUGGCAAUCAACUGUCUGAAUUUGUCUUACAAAUCUGUAUUAAAAUAAAUGCGUGUUUGCGUGGGGAGAGCCGAA